UUCUCCCCACCCGCCGCUCCAGCCAUCGCCACCGCGUCCGCUCUCGGAGAGGAGAUCGGAGAAGGCAGGCAAACCUCGCCGGCGCGAUCACCGAGAGGAGGAGGAGGCGAACAUCCAUCCUUGGUAGUGCCGUCGCGGUCGAGAGAGAGAGAGAGAGGAUGUAUUUCCGGCCGCCGCCGAAGGGGCCCGAGUAUGAAGCGGAGACGGGGAUGGCGGCGCGGCCGCUGUACCCGAUGAUGCUGGAGAGCCCGCAGCUGCGGUGGGCCUUCAUACGGAAGGUGUACACCAUCCUCUCCAUCCAGAUGCUGCUGACCGUCGCCGUCGCCUCCGUCGUCGUCUACGUCCGCCCCGUCGCGCUCUUCUUCGUCUCCACCUCCGGCGGCUUCGGCCUCUACAUCUUCCUCAUCAUCCUCCCCUUCAUCGUGCUGUGCCCGCUCUACUACUACUACUACCAGCGCCACCCGGUGAACCUGCUGCUUCUGGGGCUCUUCACGGUAGCGAUCAGCUUCGCCGUGGGCCUCACCUGCGCGUUCACCAAGGGGGAGGUGAUCCUGGAGUCGGCGAUCCUGACGGCGGUGGUGGUGGUGAGCCUGACGGCGUACACGUUCUGGGCGGCGAGGCGCGGCCACGACUUCAGCUUCCUGGGCCCGUUCCUGUUCGCCGCCGUCAUGAUCCUCAUGGUGUUCGCGCUGAUCCAGAUCUUCUUCCCGCUGGGGAGGGUGUCGAUGAUGGUCUACGGCGCGCUGGCGGCGAUCGUGUUCUGCGGCUACAUCGUCUACGACACCGACAACCUCAUCAAGAGGUACUCCUACGACGAGUACGUCUGGGCCGCCGUCGCGCUCUACCUCGACGUCAUCAACCUCUUCCUCUCCCUCCUCACCCUCUUCAGGGCAUCCGAAUCGUGAAUUCGUGUUGCUGUGUAUCUGGUAUCUCUUACUAUUAUUUAAGCUAGCUCUGAUGUAUGCGCUUCCUUCCUUUUGCUCGUGAGUUGUGCCGGCCCAAUCUGUAAAAAUAAUUCGCUGAUUUUUGUUUGCUUGCUUGUAUGAUGGCAGAAUGGAUCAAAGAAACGAAAUGAAAUGAAACAGAGUAUAAGUAUUUAUUACUCUGCUUUUGGUCUCUGCUACUGAGAGAGAUCGGUGGGUGAAAAUGAAAUGGCGAGGUGGUAGUAAUUUGCUUUGAGUGCAUGCCUUCCACGUGGCGUGUACGUUUGGAUGCGUGUACGGCUAACGUGCACUGAACACGUACGUGCCAAGUGUGUAUCUAUUUUGCUUAUGUCCUAAAGGGAAGAAUCCGUACUUAUGUAACCAUCUAGAGUUAACCUAGAGUAAAGACGUAAAGGAGUUAACCUAGAGUAAACAUGUAAA